UGUGUGUGUGUGUGUGUGUGUGUGUGUGUGCGCCUCUGUACUCCACCACAAUGGAUUUGAAAUCAAGAUGUGAUUAACGUGUAGACCUUCAGCUUUAAUACAAGGCGUUUAACAAAACUUUUGUAUUGACCCUUAAAGAAUUACAGCCAUUUAUUACAGAGUCCCUCCAUUUUCACAGGCUCAAACACCAUUGGACAAUUGAAUGAUGAGCAGUUUCAUGGCCAGGUGUGGCCUGUUUGUUAUUUCAUGACAAAUGAAGGAGAUAAAAGGACUGGAGUUGAUUCCAAGUGUCGAGUUUGCAUUUGGUAGGUGUUCAUAGGAACUCUCAAUGGCCUCUAUGCACAGUUGCUGCCGCAUAUCGUCUCAGUGGCCACCGCAAGUUCUGCUUCUGCGCUGGAAGGGAUUUUUGUCUUCCAUUUCCACUUCCUUCCAGCACCGUCAGCAUGGCUUCUUAAACUUUCUGCUUGCAAGAUCUUCCACGGAUUACUGAGAACGAUGUCAGUCGCGUUGUGAGGUUGACAUCCAUCACUCCCUCUAGUAAGAAGGAGAAGGGCUUUAAAUUGUACAUUUCUAGUUAUAUCGAAAUCAAGCUAGCCAGAUUCGUUUGUGACAGUGACUUUGAGAUACUCUUAUACGUUUAGUUUUCUGUCUAGUUAACAUUUUUUAGAUCUUCCGUUUUUAGAGUUUAGAAUGCUUACUUUUUCCAAAGAAUAUAAUAAUUGAUCUUAAACAGAUAAAAAUGUUUUCUAAUAGCAACCUGCUCUUAUUUACUGUGCUGAGCUGUGUUGCGUAACUCUGAACAUGUUCGUGCUUGCUUAAAACAAAAAAAUGAACUUUUGCAAACAACAAAAAGACAACAGCAUGCUUCUAGACGGCACUUAGUUUUAAUGUCUUUAAACCAUAACGUCUUUAUGUUAUGUAGAAAACGUAUAAAACGUGAUAGAUCGUGACGUUACCUUCGGGAAGUCUAACCUUAGCACAGUGUCCUUUCUUCAUUAGUCGGCGUCCUUUGUAGAGAUCGAACGAUAAUUGGUUUUAUCGAUAUUUUCCCCGAUAUUUAAGCAUUUUUCCAUAAUCGGCUAUCUGAAUCUGAGGGGAGACGAGUCAACAACGGUGUGCACGGUAAUGAGGCUGUGAAACAACAGACGUUGGCCAUGUGGACUGAAAUAUGAAGACAUUAACUCAAAAGAGAGGUCUGCCACUGAUUAAAUCAGAAAAUCAGAAUUCUCCUUUCUUUCCUCUUAUUUCUGUGACUUCAUGAUGCCCUCCCUGUGACCCCUGACGCUAAAAAGCAGCUGGAAAUACAAUCAAAACUUAAAGGACCAACUGGAAUAACCAUUCCUGCUGUUUUACUUCUCAGGCAACAAUGAAUCUGGAUUGUAAAUAAGUCCACAGAUUAAUUUCACAACCUCUGCAACUCAGUGGGAAAGUAGACGAUCAAUAACAAGUUCUGGGUUCAUCAUGUGAAAGACUGAAGUAACUCUCUAGCACUGAAUACAUCACUUUUCAUCCUGCUGAGCAUCGAAAAGGGUCAGGUCUAACCAUGCUGCUGAAGAAAAAGUUGUGCAUCGGUGCCUUGUUCUGCGGUGUCCUGUUUUUUAUGAUCGCCUCUCACUCCAUUCAGAACAGCUUCAAGCGUGACAUGCUUGACGCUGCUCACAGCACUGCCAAGACUCUGAGAAAGACACAGACUCAAACCAAGACUGUAACCGAGACAAGUCAACAUCGCUCAUGUAGCUGCACAACUUGCAUCAAAGAUUCGGGCGUUUCGGAGUGGUUCAAGCAACGCUUUGACUAUAAGCAGGAACCGUACCUUACUGCUGAAGAAAAUCAAAUAGAUCCAGACUCAUUAAAGUGGUGGCUGGGUUUGCAGCAAUCAGCAAAUCAGUCCAUCAGUGAAAUAAUUGAAAAGAUGUUUACAGUGAUUUCUCGUCCUGUGAAAAGUAUACAUCAGCCAAGUCAGUGUCGGAAGUGUGCUGUGGUUGGAAAUUCAGGAAAUCUGCUGCAGUUCAAGUAUGGACAUAUGAUAAACUCACAUUCCAUUGUCUUCCGGAUGAAUAAAGCUAUGACUUCGGGUUUUGAGCAGCAUGUAGGGAACAAGACCACUCACCACAUCAUGUACCCUGAGAGUGCUGUGGAUCUGGCACCUGGCGUCCAUCUUGUCCUCCUACCCUUUAAAAUGAGAGACCUUGAGUGGGUGACCAGUGCCCUUUCAACUGGAGAAAUCAAAAGGACCUACAUGAGAGUGAAAGAAUUUGUGCAGGCGGAUAAAGAUAAGGUGAUUGUGGUGAACCCAAGCUUCUUUAAGUACACUCAUGACCGCUGGACCGAGCACCAUGGCAGAUACCCCUCUACUGGCAUGUUGGCCAUCGUGUUUGCUCUGCACGUCUGUGAUGAGAUCUCAGUGUUUGGUUAUGGGGCAGACUCACAAGGAAAUUGGCAUCACUACUGGGAGAACAACAAGUACGCCGGAGCCUUCCGCAAGACAGGUGUGCACAGUGCUGAAUUUGAACGCGAGAUCAUUCUGAAAUUGGACGCAGAAGGCAAAAUUAAACUCUACCCAAAGGUGGAGAGUAAGGCUCCUAAUAACGUGAAAUGAAUGGAUCAUGGAAACAUAAGUGUACGAUGUAUUGAUGUCGAACCAAAGAAGAGCCACAAUCAGCUGUGAUCCACCCAGCUAUUAACUAACCACUGUGAGUUACGCUGAACCAAACCCACUGAUAACAAGCUGUAUUCUCUCCAGACCAAACAAUCCUUUAUUAUUUUUUAUUAUUAUUAUUAUUAUUAUUAUUAUUAUUAUUAUUAUUAUUAAAUGCUCUAUUGUUACUUGCCUUGUGUUAAUGCUGAACCAGUACUUGUGAAACUCCUGAAGCUAAGGAAAUUGAGCAUAUAAAAGUAGAUCUGGGGAGCAGCUUCAGGCUGAUUUGUCCACACUGCGCUACAACUAAAUAGCCUUAUAGACACUGGAGAUUUAAGAGAUGUACAUUCUUAGACUCAGUGUAAAUGGCAAAGACCAAAACUAUGUUUGAAACUUAGGUAACACUUUUUACUGAAACUGACAGCAAAAUGUAGUUUGUGGUACAAUUAAUGAAUGUCUACAGAAAUUGACUUUAAAUUUGUAUUUUUAUGCUAUGGUCCAUUGUUGCAAAUGGAAACUGACUUUUUUUAUAUGCGUGGUUUUGUGGACUGUAAUACAUCACGGAUGGUAAAAGGAAAAGGUCAACUUUUGUAGCUGCAGUGUCUUUUCCACACUGACCUCCUGGAACCAAGGGGGUGAAUAUUUAUGCAAGGCAUUGUUGGUGUAAAUCAUAAAUGAGGUUUUAAAACUUAAGCUGUUUUUAGCAUUGGGUCAUCAAUCAGAGGCCUUUCCACAGCAGCACUGAUCAAACAGAAGUUUUCACUUUAGUCAGUUUCCUCACUGAUAUUUUAGUCACAUGCAUAUGAACACUUCCUGUCUUUCUUAACAGGUGAUUUUUUUUAAUAAGAAGUGGGAUGUCUGAUUGUUAUCAUGGGAAAUGAAACCGGGGUGCUCAAAGUCAUUGGGUUAUAAUGCAGUUCAAUUCAUCUCCUUCAGAUUGGUGAAAAAGCUUAAUUUUUAGUUUUAUUUCAGUUUUUCUUGCCAAGUUUCCUCUGUUAUAUGACUGUGGUUUAAUGUAUGAUGUUAUGUUUAUGAAUGUGUUAUGGUUUUUGUUGCCCUGUGUCAGAUAAGUGUUGUUACUGUGGUCUUCUGAGACUCAAAGUCUUGCCUUGAGCACAAAUUGACUUAAAAGAUAAUCAUUCCAUAGAGAUGGAAGAAUAGAUAAGAUUGCUUAUUUGAUUUUGUACAUGCAUGAUCAUAAAUCAGUGGACAUGGUCGUUUGUUUCCAUAGCAUUAUUAUUAUUCAAAAAUCACAUAUUCAAAAUGAUAAACAAUAACAGUUAUAAAUCGAAUAGCAAAAAAAGAAAUAUUGGUAAUACAGAUUGCUAUGACAUUUGUUUUACAUAAAUUAAAUAGUUUUUUUUUUUUAAUUAUUAUUAUUAUUAUUUCAGUUGUACUUUAUCAAAGACUUGAAGGAAACAGCAAACAGAAACAUAAUUUUCAGUUGUUAAUUCUGUGCGUUAGCAUCACAGACCUUACCUUGUACUCGAGUGUGCAAGUAGAAAAAUAAAGACAUAAAUCAUU